UCUGGGCUGGUCCUGACGGGCUGGCUGGGCUCCGGGCGGCUUGUCUGUGUCGAUCCAGACUUGGUGGGGGGGGAGAGAGAGAGAGAAAGAGAGAGAGAGAGAGAGACGACCACGGAGUUGAGACGCAGAAGAGACGCGGCUGGAGGGGGGACGCACUGGAAGCGCGCGGCUCUCACCUCGGCAUCUGGGAAAAAAAAAAAAAAAAAAAAACGCACCGAAGAGGAAAGAGACGAUCCUCCCCCCUCCACCCCGACACCAACACCAACCAACCCGCCCGACCCGCCCUACCCACCACUCCGUGCCAUCCCUCCGCUCUGAACCGCCCUCCCACUCCCCCCCCCCCCCCCCCCCCCCCCCCCCCCCCCCCCCCCCUCCCACCCUUCCCGGAGAACCACGACCACCCGGAGGAAACCCCCACUUGACCAGCGUUGCCAUUGAGCGAUGCGCUUUGAAUUUAAGAAGAAAUCACCUUUGCGCUUCUGAUGCGCAACACAGCCGACGCGCUUCGUUUUUCCUCGGCGGGGGGAACUGUUGGCGGAUUUUUGGGUGUUUACACUUCUUUUUUUUUUUUCUCUCUUCUUCUUUUUUGACGGGUGUCCAGCGGCCUGAUAACAUGCAGAGGUUCCCCCCCACCAGCCCAGACAGAGCUGUCACCCUUUAGAUAAGUCUUUAUUUAACCGAACAGCUGCCUCCGAGCGCAUGUUUGAUUUUUCCAUGCUUAGAAAUAAACCUGACAAUGGUCUGGGAGCGGACCGCCUCUCCAGACACCUAGUGACAUUUUCUCAAGACGUGUCAGCCGCGUGUUUGGUCUUCGCCGGGGGAGAAGCGACGGAUUGACGGGGAGUGGGCAGAGCGACGCCGCCGGAGCCGCAGCGGGACUUUGCGUGUGAAGUUUGCGCCGUGGGGGGAGACCGGAGACAUCUCGGCCACAUCCGCGGCGUUUUCCGCUGUAAAGUUGGGAGGUCGGCGAGUUGCGGUCAUGCUGUCCUUGGACGAGCCCCUGGACCUGAAGCUCCCUCGGCGAGCCAAUGGAAAGGACAGAGGGGCGCGCUCCCCCGCCCUCUCCCCGCUACACCCCAAACGUGCACGCCAGACGCUCCAUAUGGCGGACGACGGGACGGCAGUGAUAGAGCCGGCCUCACCAGCAUCGCCACGCACAGGUGUGCAGGUGGUCCCUCACGACCGGACGGACACUCCCACCCCUCCUGCGGUGGACCUCAGCAUGUCCCCCUCCUCUCGCAACACGCCCAGCUCUCCGGAAAUGACCAACGGCCACUACAUCCCCUCAGGGAAUUCUCACAUCUCGCAGGCCUUUCAGUUCUUCGUGCCAAUCGGAGCUGGGACAGGUCUUCACCUGCCGUCCUCCAUGUUCAUUGGCCAGACGAGUGACAAGAGGGCCUCUCCGGACCUCUCAGCAGACGAACAGCUGGCCUGCCGCUGGAAGAAGUGCCAUCUGCUCUUUGAUUCCCUGCAAGACCUGGUGGACCACGUUAAUGACUUCCAUGUAAAGCCUGAAAAGGAUUCUGGGUACUGCUGCCACUGGGAGGGCUGUGCUCGCAAAGGGAGGGGGUUUAACGCCAGGUACAAAAUGCUAAUCCACAUUCGCACCCACACUAACGAGAAACCGCAUCGCUGUCCCACCUGCAACAAGAGCUUCUCGCGCCUGGAGAACCUUAAGAUCCACAAUCGCUCACACACAGGUGAGAAGCCCUACAUCUGUCCUUACGAGGGAUGCAACAAGCGCUACUCCAACUCCAGCGACCGCUUCAAACACACACGCACUCAUUACGUCGACAAACCCUACUACUGCAAGAUGGUGGGCUGUCUGAAGCGCUACACAGACCCCAGCUCCCUCCGCAAGCACAUCAAGGCCCACGGCCACUUCGUGGCCCCGGAGCAGGGCUCGUCAGGGGGGGUGGGCUCGCUGCUGAAGGGAAGUCAGAGCGGGGGGCUCGCCGGCGGCGGAGGGAAAGAUUCCGAGCUGCCCUACGUGAGCGGGGCCCACAUCAUCAUCCCCGGCGCCGCGGCGGCUCUCCUGGGGGGCCACGCCCUGCAGGGUCUGGGCGGCGGCCUGCCCCUGUCCCCCCUCAGCCCCCGGCCCCUGGACCUCAGCACGCUGGGCUGCCCCAGCUCCCCCCCGGGCGGCCUGGGGGGCACGUCCAUCCUGUCCUUCAACAGUCUGGCCAAGUCCCCCCUGCUGUCCCCGGCGUUCCCCUCCUCGGCGCUGGGCCUGCCGAUGGUGCCCGUGCUGGGCGCCGCGUCGGAGCGCCGGGCCCCGGGCCUCCAGGGGAAGAAAGGCCGCGGGGAGGAGGCGGAGAACGAGGUGACCGGGGGGGUCCUGAACCUCUCCACGGGAGGGUCUCAUGAUCCCCUAUCCUGGGUGGUCAUCCCCCCAGGCACUGUGGUGCUCAAGCCAGCUGUGGUCAACUGAUAGACACACAUAUCCACACACACACGCACACACACACACACACACACAAUAAUACAAACCCACAUUCCAGAAGAGCUCAGGGGGUUGGGAUGGGAGGGUAUUAGCGGUCAAAGGUGACAGGGAUUGGCUUGCACAAUCAUAUCCACGCGAUGCUUUUUGAAGAGAUGUUCGAGGAAAAGAGAGGACGACAGAAAUACGAAUAAAUCCUACAAUCAGAAAAGAAAACAUUUUUUGCUUCGCAACAAUCAAGUGAACAACGCAAGCCUCUUGUUUAGGUUGGGAAGCUAAACCAGGGGUCCAAACACUCUGUUCAGGAACACGUACGGCUGCCCGUUCUCCUCCUGUUUUGUACUUCGUGCAUUCCUGUUUGCCGUCUCUCCGGACGAGGACCACGAACUCGACCGUCUCAGUGCUCCGUGUUCGUACACAAGUCCCGACUCACCCGUUAAGUAUUUAUAUGAACUGUACUUUUUGACAGUGUGCCUCCAGCUUAAGCCGUGAGAUACAUGCACCAUGAAUGACGCACUCGCCGUGCACGCCACAGGAAAACCCUUCACCCUAUCAUAAAGUCGUGACCUAUUUUUCACAGGUUGCUGUGAUCAAUAAGAUUCAGACAAGCUUGCCAGACCAAAGCAAGUGAACUCAAACGGUCUUGUAUUUUGUACAGUUAAACACAACACUUCAUAGUGUCAGCUGGUGAUAGUAUUUGAAACCUCAAAACUGCUGCUAACCUCUCGGCUCCCCCCCUCCCCAGUAACGCGGGGAAGAGCUGUUUUGUUUUUUGACAAUCUGUCCC